UCAAUCUUCUAUGGAAUAAAAAAGGAUAGAAUUAAAGUUAAUAGUGACCAAUGGUUGUCAUGUGCAAUUUUUCAAACAUUUUUGAAAAAACAUUUAAUAUAAGGCUAUCAAAUGGUGUCAGAACAUGUGGAAUAUAGUGCAUGAAUUGUCUGUUUUUAUGAGGCAUUACUGAUGCUUUUAUGGUGCUUUUUAGAGAUCGAUAAGUCCUAGUUCCUAGCACAUUCUUUGUGAAGAGAGCAUCAAUCUCUGAUAUUGAUGUAUUCUGCUAACCAUAUUUUGUAUUCCAAAGAAGACAGAAAAUUAUAUAGGUUUGAAACUACAUGAGUAUAAAUUAAUGAUGACAUAAUUUUUGGUGAACUCUCUAUUUAUCUCUCUCUUAUCUCUUUCCCUCUUUAUGUUCUCUCUCCCAGAUAAAUCCUUCCCACUAUAGCUGGCUGAGUGCCGUUUGCGUGGAAUCUCACGUGUGAUUCUGCCAAACAACCCCGAGUGGACCUCUCAUUCUGGCUGCAUUGCUGCUGGAGAGUCCCUGGCAGGCUCUGCUGGGGAUGCUCGGCCUUUUGACCUUCACAGCUGUCCUGGGUCAGGAGUCAGGACUGGUGAGGAAUUACACCCCCACAUAUGCACAAAAGUACAUAUGCAUAGACCAAAACAUGCACAAGUAAAUGUAUACUCAGGCAUCCAAGCAUGAACAAAAAACAUGCUUAUAGCAAAAACAAACAAACAAACAAAAAAUGUGUUAUGUAUAUUACUUAUAACAGAAUGCACAAAAACAACAAGGUGCAAACCUACAAAAACAAACCUCGGGGACACAAACUGCUUUCACAGGUGCAGUCUUGACAAGAAGCGGUGUGACAAUUGUCUGUUGGCAACUGAUGAUGAGAUGAUUUUAACAAUUUAAACAAGAAAAUAUAUUUUAUACAAUCCAUUUAAUCUUAUUGCAUACACAAACACACAAACAUACAAUAAGAAAACAUUGUCAUUCACACAGAAAACACAUAUACAGUAGCUGUAUCUGCAUCUAAGUUUGCAUCUAAGAAUACAACUGGUGUGGAGAAAAGCACAUUUUAUCUAAGCACAAGACAGACAUGGAUAGAAGAGAAGCUCAUGCUGAUUCCAAUCUCACAUGUGAUCCUGUCUGCAGUGAGGAGGUCUCCAGUGGCCUUCACAGUUUUAAUGGAAUGCUGGUGGCUCUGCUGAUGGGACUGUUGAGCUCUGCUGGAGCUCUGCCUGUGUGUCUCUGUGAAGCUGCAAUAUUUUCUUUACAGCAGUUUGGCUUCAUUUUGGGCCACUGGGAUUUACCAGUGAGCGUCUUGCCCUUUAAUACAGUCAUCCUACUGUAUCUGGUCUGUACUGGCACUUCAAAUCCCUAUUUUCCAAACUAUCCUGCACAGCCACCAGGGGCGCCAGAGAGCACCAAUCACACCCAACUCCAUGUUCUACGCAGAUGACAGGAUGGAACAGAAUGAAAGGAAAAAUAAUGAACAUGAAAGAGAACAAAACUCAAAUUACUUGCCACUUAUGCAAUAUCUAUCCUGUCAUCUUAUUGAUUAGGUUUUAUUGUAUUGUCCCACUCGCUCUCCCUCUCAUUCCCCAUAGAUCUGUCUUUUUAUUUGUCAUCUUCCUGUUUAGCCUCUUUAACCCCUUUAUCU